CUGCUCUGCUCUUCUUCUUCGUGCAGCUCGACAAGCCCCCCCAAAGCCACCGACUUCCUCUUCCUUUGAAAACCGAAAAAGGGGCUUGAAAUUCUCCUUCUUUCUUGUUCAAUAACAAGAUUUAGGACCUAGAACACUCUCCUAAACCCAGAAAAUCCCAGAUCUGCUCUGUUCUUCCCCUUGUUGUCCGUCGGCCUCUGCUAUCCGUGAUUUCUGGUCUUUUUCUGCCCGUGAGCCCCCUGCAGAAAUGCCGCCGGCUUCUUCUCCCUACCAGCUCCGGUUUGCUUGCUGGAAUUCUGGUUCUUGAUCGUUCAGUCAGUUUAGUACGUGAAUUGAGUGCUCAGUUUUGCGGAGUGAGGAAAUGAAACCGAGGAUGGGGAAACCACGAGAAGUGACGAAUUAGAAGGCUAGCCAUUUCGAGAUUGAUAUAAUUUUAGAAAUAAAUCAUGUUUUUUUUGUAAGAUAGAUUUCACCUUGUGAUUUUAAGUUUAAGUCAUGUUGGACAUAGAUUUAUGGAAUAUAUUAUCAUUCUUGGAAGAUAGAUUCUACCUUGAAUUUAUGGUAUUAAAACAGAUGUUGCGAGAAUAGAGUUUGGGAUUUGAAUAGGUUCCGAGCCUUGUGCGUUUGUGGGACCCGUCUCAUGAGUGCACGGCGUCUGUCGCGCUUCGGAUUUGGGUUCUGGGGCGUGACAUAUAUAUAUAAUAAGAUCAUUGAUUCAUCCUUUAAGCUUGUGUCCUCAACAACAAGAAGCAAACUAUCUACGAAUGUGAGACGAGCAACUAGAGCAAAUGUCUUCUCAUAGUAUAUUCCACACUCCUAUGUAAAAUCCUUAGCAAUGAAGCAUGCCUUGUAACACUCCAUAGAACUAUUAGAACGAGUUUUGAUUUUGUACACCCAUUUAUAGCUUAUCAAAGACUUUCCAGUAGGGAGAUCAAUUAAAUCCCAUGUACGAGUUUCUCAAGAGCUUGUAAUUUAGCUUGUAUAGCUAGUUGUUAAGGAGGAUUAGAAUAGAAUUCUCAAUAGGAU